CAUGUCCUGUAUAAGAUUCCAAUUUUCUACGCGCUCUUACAGGUGGGGCCUUGUGUAUAUCUUACAUUCAUAUAUACGCAGGCAGAGACACAUAGAUAAUGCCCAUGCAGGAGGAUGUUCCCGGCUCGUCUUAAACAAUGUCUCAUAGGGAUAUCUCUGAGGUGGAGCCCGAAGGUACGUCGGCCUUGGCCGCUGGAUCCAGAUCAUUAUUCCUAGAGACUGUACGGCGUAGCAAUGCAGCAUGUCAAAAUGGAGAUUAUGCACUUGCUGCUACUUUAUACACCGAAGCCUUGGUCUUAGAUCCACUCAGUCAUGUAUUAUAUUCCAAUAGAUCAGCCGCACGAUUAAAAAUGGGUUUAUUUGCCCUUGCCCUUCAGGAUGCCGUAAGAGCCACAGAGCUUAGUCCACAAUGGCCAAAGGCAUAUUAUCGUCAAGGUGUUGCUUUACAAUGUUUGGGCAGACAUGGAGAAGCCCUUGUAGCAUUCAGUACCGGAUUAGCUCACGAUCCUUCCAAUUGUCAAUUAUUAUCUGGUUUGGUAGAAGCUUCCUUGAAAUCUCCUUUAAGACCAACGUUAGAACCGACAUUUCAACAAUUGCGAGCAAUGAAAUUAGAUGAAUCCUCUUUCGUUGUAAUAUCUGUCGUUGGUCAGGAACUUCUUGGCGCUGGACAAUACAAAGCAGCUGCCGGCGUGUUAGAAGCUGCACUCACAAUUGGUUCAUGCAGUUUAAAAUUAAGAGGUUCCGUUUUCUCUGCCCUAUCUAGCGCAUAUUGGGCAUUAAAUUCUUUGGACAAAGCAAUCAAUUAUAUGCAACAAGAUUUGGGCGUUGCCAGAUCUUUGGGGGAUACGCAAGGUGAAUGUAGAGCACAUGGAAAUUUAGGAUCGGCUUAUUUUAGUAAAGGCAGUUAUAAGGAAGCUUUAACAGCACAUCGAUACCAAUUAGUUUUGGCCAUGAAAUGUAAAGAUACUCAAGCAGCGGCAUCUGCCUUAACAAGUUUAGGCCACGUUUAUACGGCCAUCGGUGACCUUCCAAAUGCACUAGCUUCUCAUAAACAAUGCGUCCAAUUAGUCAAACAAAUGGGUGAUCGUCUUCAAGAAGCUCGUGAAAUUGGUAACGUCGGAGCAGUUUAUCUAGCUAUGGGAGAAUUUGAAAGCGCCGUAGACUGUCAUACGCAACAUUUACGAAUAGCAAGACGCUUGGGAGAUCGCGUGGAAGAGGCAAAGGCGUUCAGUAACUUGGGAUCGUCGCAUCACUAUUGCAGAAAUUUUAGUCAAGCAAUGGCUUAUCACGAAAGUGUAUUGAGAAUAGCUCAGGAACUUGGGGAUAGGGCAAUAGAAACAAGAGCUUAUGCAGGACUGGGUCAUGCUGCAAGAUGUGCAGGCGACCUUGCUCAAGCCAAGCUUUGGCAUCAGAGACAACUCGAUGUCGCGCUAGCAACAAAAGACAAAGUAGCAGAAGGUCGGGCAUGCAGCAAUCUAGGAAUAGUUUAUCAAUUACUUGGUGAGCAUGAUGCUGCGCUUAAGUUACACCAAGCGCAUUUGGGUAUUGCCCGAGCUUUGGGUGACAGAGCUGGUAUGGGCAGGGCCUAUGGAAAUAUUGGGAAUGCUUACAAUGCUUUGGGAUAUUAUGAACAGGCUAUUAAGUAUCAUAAGCAAGAGUUGACCAUAAGUAAAGAGGUCAAUGAUCGCAGUUCGGAAGCAAGCACGCACGGAAAUUUAGCUGUAGCGUAUCAAGCCGUACAAGGCCACGAGGCUGCUCUGAGACAUUACAGAGCACACUUGGCAAUAGCUCGUGAAUUGAAGGAUACAGCUGGCGAAGCGUGCGCGCUUCUUAAUCUUGCCAAUUGUUUAUCGUCGCGAGGAAGAUUCGAAGAGGCAGUUCCAUAUUACGAACAUUAUCUUAUGUUGUCUCAGGAAUUACACGAUGUUGAAGGGGAAGCUAAAGCAUGCCAUUUUUUAGGAUAUGCCCAUUAUUGUUUAGGGAACCAUAGAGAAGCGGUCAGAUAUUACGAUCAAGAUUUGGCAUUAGCCAAAGAUUUGCAAGAUAAAUCUGGAAUGGGAAGAGCGUAUUGUAAUUUAGGAUUAGCGCAUUUAGCUUUAGAAAAUUUGGAUACUGCCUUGGAGUGUCAGAAAUAUUAUCUUGCCAUAGCCCAUAUGACCAAGCACUUGGCCGGUAAAUUUCGGGCCUUGGGAAAUAUCGGGGAUUGUCUUUUGCGCCUCGGUGAAGCAGAAGAAGCCAUUAAAAUGCAUCAACGUCAAUUAAACUUAGCGCGACAAGCCGCUGAUCGUAGUUUAGAAGCAGCCGCUUAUGGAGCUUUAGGAAUUGCUCAUAGAGCGACCAAAAAUCUUGAUAAAGCUCUUGGAUUUCAUACCCAAGAACUUACGUUAAGACAAGAAGCUGGCGAUUUACGAGGAGAAUGUAGAGCUCAUGGUAAUUUAGGUGCCGUUCAUAUGGCGUUAGGUCAAUACACCCAUGCUGUUAAAUGUUAUCAAGAACAAUUAGAAAGAGCUAAAGAAUUGGCUGAUUCUGGCGUUGAAGCACAAGCAUUAGGAAAUCUGGGAAUAGCUAGGCUUAAUAUGGCACAUUACGAAGAUGCAAUUGGAUAUUUUGAACAACAAUUAGCAACUUUGGAACCAUUGACAACGGGUACAUCUUUACUUGACAAAGCUAGAGCAUUAGGAAAUUUAGGGGAUUGUUACGAAGCCUUGGGAGAUCCAGAAGAAGCCGUUAAAUGUCAUGAACAACAAUUGGCCGCGUCUAUAAAAUUAAAAAGCAUAAGAGAUCAAGAAAGAGCAUAUAGGGGUUUAGGAAGAGCUCGCGAGGCAUCGGGAAAUUUACAAGAAGCGUUAGUUUGUUUUGAAAAGAGAUUAGUAACCGCGCACGAAGUUGAUAGUCCAGAAGCAAGAGGGGCAGCUUACGGCGAUUUAGGAAGAGUACACGCAGCAUUAGGAAAUCACGAACAAGCUGUUAGUUGUUUGUCGCAUCAACUCGCUCUUGCCAGAGGUCUUGGCGAUAAAGCUGCCGAAGCUGAAGCUGCUAGUGGAUUAGGUGCUGUUCAUUUAUUAAUGGAUGACCCUAAUUCGGCAUUAAGACAUCAUCAGUUAGAGCUUUCCAUUGCCGAGGGUUUAAAUGCUGCUGGAUUACAAGCCAGGGCUUGUGCGAAUUUGGCUAUGACUCAGGAAGCGCUCGGCCAAUACGAGGAAGCUAUAAGAUUACAAGAACAAUCAUUGAGUUUAGCAGCUGCUGCUGGAGAUCAAUUGGCCCGAGCAGCAGCAUUUUCCAGCUUAGGAAGACUACAUCAUUUGUGCGGAGAUUUGUCAAGGGCUUUAAGCUAUUUGCAAUCAGGAUUAUCUUUAUCCGAAGGUUUAGGAAGGAGAGAAGAAGCAGCUAGAUUAAAAUAUAGACUCGGCCUCGUCCAUUGGGAAGCUGGAGAAACAGCAACUUCCGUAGAACAUUUGGAAAAAGCUGCUAAUCUUUUGGAAUCAUUAGACGGAUCAUCUUCGUCCUUGAUUUGCGGACAACCUAGCAAAAGCGAAUUAUUAACCGAAACUUAUAGAAUGUUACAAAAAGUAUUGAUUAGUUUAAAUAGAGCUGAGGAAGCGUUAAAUUGGGCCGAGAGAUCGAGACGAUCUAAAAGCAAUUCUUUGGAUGAUACGGCUCAUUAUUCGGAGAUCAUAGACAGGCAAAGAGGAAUGAUAUUGUAUUACAGUGAAGUGGGCAAUCAAUUGCACGCAUGGUGUUUAGCUCCAGGCCGAGGACUUUUAAGGUUUCAUUCGACAACAUUGGACGACGGUGUGACAUUGGAACAAAAAGUGUUGCAAGCUCGCGAAGCACUCUUAGACGAAUCCAAUGAAUUCGCAGAAGAGUCGACAAAAAUACCAACGAGAGGACAUCAUCUAAAUGCGAGUUCUUAUAGUUUAAGCAGUCUAUUCAGCGUUGGAUCGGUUAGUUCGCGAGCUGGAAGUGCACGUUGGGGACGAGGAAUCAAAGGACCCACUUGGCAAUCACCGUUACCUAUUCAGUUGCUUUAUGAUUUACUCUUGGCACCGUUCGAAGAUUUAUUGCCUCCUGUUAGAAAGGAACUCAUUAUGGUGGUCGAGAAGUCUUUAUAUUUGGCACCAUUUCCAGCUUUACAAUCUAAUCCAGGAGAAGAUUAUUUGUGCGAAAGAUUUUCUUUAUUGGUCGUACCAUCGCUCGCAGCUCUUAAAAAAAGAUCUAAGACACCUAUGCCCGAGGGUGGUGCUACCGUGGCCGCUCUAGUUGCAGGAAAUCCUACACUUCCAGAGGACGUUAGAGAGGAAUACGGAUGGCCGGAAAGUGCGGCUUCUACCGAAACAGAAUCUGAAAUCGUUGCUGAACUUUUAGAAGCGCGUGCUCUUAUAGGAAUGGAAGCUACAAGAUCAGCAAUUUUAAGAUCUCUACCUGAUGCGGAAUGCGUACAUUUAACUGUACCAGUAUUUUGGAAUUCUACAAGUUUAGCGCUUACUUCAGAUCAAUGUGAAGAAGGAUCGGAAAAACCAGCAUACUUGUUGAGUUCUUCGGAUAUUUUAAAAUUACGAAUAUCUGCUAGGUUAGUGGUAAUAUCCAGUGGACAUUGUUGGAACGGUAACGAAAAUACGACACCUUCGUCAAGCGGAAUACAGAAUCUGACAAAAGCGUUAUUGAAUGCCGGAGCACAAUGUGUACUAAUAGGCAUGUGGGCAGUUCCUCCUACAGCUGGUAGCAUUUUAUUACGCGCAUUUUAUAGUGCCAUGUUACAAGGUGCCAGAGCGUCGAGAGCUUUAGCCGAAGCGAUGCAAACUGUACAACAUACGCGACAUUUCGCUCACCCAGCUAAUUGGGCAGGGUGGUUGCUCAUCGGAGGAGAUACAAGAUUAUCAAAUAAGGUUGCUCUUAUGGGCCAAGCUCUAGCUGAAUUAUUACGGGGAGGACCUGAACAGAGUCGAGACGCUUUACGCGUAACCCUUCAUUUGGUAGAAAAAUCAUUGCAAAGAAUACAUCGCGGUCAAAAGAAUGCCAUGUAUACGACGCAACGUAGUAUCGAGAAUAAAGUCGGAACGGCUGCUGGUUGGCGAGAACUUUUAAUGUCCGUUGGAUUCAGAUUUGAACCAGCUGGAAAUGGUAUACCAUCUUCCGUAUUUUUCCCACAGAGUGAUCCCGAAGAAAGAUUAACGAGAUGUAGUGCUAGCUUACAAGCUCUUCUAGGAUUAGGACCAUCCUCGUUACACGCGCUAGCUAGGCUUUUACAGGCCCCAGAAGCGGCAGAAGAUGUUAUCGCUGCUAUGAGAAGAGCCAGUUGUGCUACCGAAGGACAAGAAGUUUCUUUACCCGUACAAGUUUGGAGAGCACCCGGGUCUCACGAAUUGUUUGCAAGUUUAGGAUUCGAUCUUAUGGAAGUUGGCCAAUCUGAAGUUACAUUAAGAACAGGAAAACAAGCUUCGCGUAGAGCUGUGCAAUUCGCUUUACAAGCACUUCUUGCUUUAUUUGAUACACAAGAGGCUCCAAAGAGUCUUAGCAUAGAUUCUAGCAGUUCAAUGGAAAGCUUAGCAUCGGUUGCACAUACUGAAAAAAAUGUUAUAGAGCGGCCUAAAUUAGGAGGAGCAUUUGCGAGUUACGUACGACAUCGUGGAGAACCAGAUGGAAAAACUAUGGAACCACCAAAUAUUCCAAUUACAAUAUCUCGUCAGCAAUGUCAAAGUGGCGGAGGUGAAUCGGAUGUGGCUUUUACACCUAGUCCUCCAGUGGCACUUAAUUUGAAUCAUCAAACGCGUAUAAGAAAUUUAUAUCCCGAUCAAAAUGUAAGGCCGGGAUCAAGUUCAAGUAGUUCGGUUACGGAUUGGGAUAACGGCCAUGCUACUGUUUUAAGACGACAACCGCUGCCACCUUUACCAACGACCGUAUUAGAAAGAUUGAGCGUUAGAACGGAAGUUGGAUCCAACGCUCCCCGAAAACCACGACAUCCUACAUCCAACGAAGAUAUUUGUUCUCAAACGGACUCGACACAAGCGACAGAAACGCAUCCGCAAAACUUAAGAAAUAUAGCUACAUCUUUAACGAGUUUAACACGCGAAUUAACACCUACUAUUUCCGAAGUAUAUCACGAACGAAACUUGGGAUUAGGUCUGGCUCCAUCUUUGUCAAAAUUAUUGGAAGAAGUUAGUUCUGUGCCUGAAAGGGAGGAAAUUCAAACUUCUAGGACGAAUAAUAACAAUCACAGUCAAACGCAAAAUUGGAUGCAAAAUGAUACGGAAUUAUGUCGGAGGGACGAAGCUGAUGGUAGAUCGAUUGCCGAAUCGCAAUGCAGUGCCACCAGUUCUAACAAAAUUCAUAGAAAGGCACCACCACCUCCAGUAUAACUUAUAUAUUUUUUUUUCAGUAUAUAUUUUUUGUUUAUUUAUAUAUUAUAUUUAUAUAUAUGAGUACUAUGUGAGAGAGAGUAAUCCUGGAUAAUAGUACUGGGUACCAAAGAAUGGAACAUAUUAAUUAUAAUCAGAGAUACAUUAUCAAGUUUUUAUUAAAUUAAUAUCAAAAAAAGGUUGAAGAAAAAUCCAAAAUAAGCAUAUCGAUUAGAUAUACCUGAUUUUUGUUUUGGUAGUUGCAUGCAAACAAGAAAAAGGAAAAAAGAACAUAACAACAAUGUACUAUAUUAUCUUUAAGAAUAUAUAAAGAUACAAAGUUACUACUAAGAUUCGUUAAUAUAAUUAACAUGCAAUACUUUUCGUUUUAUUUUAAAAACAAUUUAUUCUUUUUAGAGGAAUAUUCUUUUGAUUAUUCUUCAUAUUAAUCGCGUUUCAUACUUAAAUAUGCAGUAUUGUAUUUCCCAGUAAUUUAUAUUUUAUGCGUAUGUAUUUUUAAUUUUGUUUUUUGAAUUAAAAUUUUUUCACUCGAUCGAGUGCAUCUUCUUUGUAA